AUGGCUGACGAGCUGAAUAAGGCUGCCGAUGAGAUCAGAGAGCGUCAUCUGCGGGAUAAGAAAGCGCUGUUGGAAGAAACUGAAGAUCUUUCACAGUACGAAAUCAAUGUAGAUACAAAGACUCUGGCUAAGGCCAGUGAUAUCAAGAUGAUCUACAGCCGCCCGUUAAGCGCUCCGAAACGACAACAAAACGGUGACGACGGUUCGGCAAGGAAAAAGAAGAAAUUGUUCAAAAAGAGAGGAGCGUAG